CUUAUCAUUCGACCAAAACCAAAAAAAAACACACAAGAAGAAGAAGAGGAAGAAAAGGAAAAACACCGAUCAAAUUCCAAGCAAUAUGGUCCUACUCUUGACGAUCGGCGAUUUACAUAUUCCGAUCAGAACCCACGAUCUGCCCAACAAAUUCAAGAAAUUACUCGUGCCUGGUAAGAUCGGGCAAAUCGUUUGUACGGGCAACGUCUGUGAUCGAGAAACCUGGGAAUAUCUGAGGUCGAUUUCUAGUGAUGUCAGAGGCGUCAGAGGGGAUUUUGACGAGACGCCCAAUCUACCGCCCUCUUUAACGCUCCAACACGGCUCUCUCAAGAUCGGUGUGAUCCAUGGACACCAAAUCGUCCCGUUGGGGGACACAGAAUCACUAGCCGCUGCUGCCCGCAAACUGGAUGUUGAUGUCUUAGUCACCGGUGCAACUCAUCGGUUUGAAGCCUUCGAAUUCGAAUCCAAGUUUUUCAUCAAUCCGGGCAGUGCUACCGGAGCAUUCACGCCCACAUGGCCGAUCUCACCCCCACACAAGAGCUCAUCCACCAACCCAUCCUCCUUAAAAUCUCCCCAAAACUCAACCACCACGCCGACCCAUCCGAGCACCAAGAGCCCUAACGGCUCCACAACCUCCCCCACCCAAUCCACUCGAUCACUCACCCACCAAAAUAGUAGUACCGAUCAAUCUAAGUCACCCACUAAUCCAAAUGCUCAACUGGAUCAACCUUCGACCGAACCUAAUGAAAACUCUCGCAACGUACCUCCCGAGGAUCAGUCCUCCACUCAAGACCAGAAACCCAUCGAUGAUCCUGACUCCUUGUAUCCUCCCGGACCGAUCCCUAGCUUUGCUCUCCUUGACAUCCAAGGAUCAGUCGUGGUCACUUAUGUUUAUAGACUGGUGGAUGGGGAAGUUAAAGUCGAAAAAAUCGAAUACAGAAAAGAAAUACCUAUCAGUAGUAAAGAUUCAUGAAUAAUGUACAGAUAAAUAUCUAUAUCUAUAUAUGUGUGUGUUUAUGUUGGUGCGGUGUGUGUAAGAUAAUUUAACCCUUUUUAUAUACAUAUGCCUCAGGUAUG